CGGAGAGAUCUUGCCUCUUUCUUCCCGCUUGAUGCAUCCAUCACCAUGCUGCGAAGGACGACGUCGAGGACAGUCAUCUACAUGCCCACUCGGGGCCGUCAUGGCAGGCGGAAAGCGCAGCUGAUCCACUACGACGAACGCGUCUUCAGGUCAGUGAGGACACAAGCAGAUCUGACUGGAUGCACCGAAGCUGAUGGACUGACUUGGCUGUGUGUUGUGUGGUUGGUUCCAUUUCUGUCUGCAGCACGUGGCGCGUGUUUAUGUACUGCACGGGGACGGUAUUCUCGUCCAAGACGUUGUGGGCGUCGUGCUGUGUGUAUUGGGGUCUCGCCCUGACCCUAUGUGUCAGCCUGGCUUAUUGGGAGCCGGAGGCCGAGCGGAUCUCUCACGAGUCCUUCCAAAACAUUGUCAACUACUUCGCGGUGAGUCAGUGAGUGCCCGGUGCCGACUCGACUCGCCAGCCGGGGAUGGAUGGAUGCUUUGUGUGCAGACGAUCAUCGGUUUUUUGCUGGGUCUGUAUCUGAGCACUGCGCUGUCCCGAUGGUGGGCGGCGCGGCAGUGCAUAUCUGAGCUGUGGUGCUGGAUUGCCAACCUAGUGGUCGUGGCAUCGGUGCACCUCCCCGAAGACAUGAAGGAGGCCAAAGCCAUGCUCCGCAGGCAGGCAGGCACUCACACCAGCACACACACAGGAGGCGUUGACACGCCCCUGUCUGUCUGCCUGUGUGUGUGUGUCUUGACUGACAGGUAUGGUCUAGCCUCGUUUCAUCUGACGUUCGAUGCGGCCCGCGGCUCAGAGGACCUCAACGAGCUGAUGGACAGGGGGCUGCUGACCAAAGAGGAAGCGGCCAUCCUCCAGAGAGGCAACGCAGCAAAGGCCGAGCUGGUGUGGGGAUGGGUGCUCAAGGUCAGCCAGGCAAAGAAAGCUGCAUAGUCGCGGCAGGAUAAGAUGGACGCCGAAUGUACUCUCUCUGCGUGCGUGUGUAUGUGUGUGACGGCAUGGAUGGAUGCAGUUGUUUUCCCUUUUGGCGGAGAAGGGCCGGUUUGCCCAUCCUGAUAUGGCCCUUGGCGUCGCACACAAGAUCUCCCUCUCUGUAAGCCACUUACUGGUCAACACAUACAAUAAAGAGAGACACACAGAGGGAGAGAGACAUGGCGGAUGUCUGUCUGUCUGUCUGUGUGCAGGCCCGGUCAGCCGUGAGCAACACGUGGACGUAUGUGGACACGCAGCUGCCCUUCUCGUAUGUGCACCUGCUGGGCAUCCUGGUGCACAUCAACUCGAUCUUCGUGGGCCUGCUCUCGGGCAUCGUACUGGGCAAGUGCACAGCUCGCGUGGCCGACAACGAACGCGCCCCUAUGAUGGGCUUCGCGCGCGACGAGUACACGACGCCCUUCGCGAGCCGAGCUGACGCGUGGAAUGUCAGCCAGCUGCUCAUUCAGCAGGUGGGCCGCUUGGCACACCCACAUGAUGUCUUCUCAUGUGUGUAUCGCUGUGUGUGGUGUGUGGUGUCCUGCGCACAGCUGCUGUUUCUGUUUACGAUUCCUGUGUUUUAUCACGGCUUGCUGCGUCUGGCCGAGCGCAUCAGCAAUCCUUUCGGGUAUGACGAGACGGACUUCCCUAAGGAGCUGUAUUGCCAGAUGCUCGAGGAAGAGACCCUGGCCCUCCAAUACGCCACCGAACACCCUCCACAUGUAACUUGACCAUGUCUGUCUGUCUGUCUGUCUGUCUGUCUGCACACACAUGCAACUGAUCGCCCCCCCCCCUCUCUCUCUCUCUGUGUGUGUGUGUGUGCGCGUGCCACAGUUGAUUCGCAGGCUGGCUCAAGGUGACCCCUUCGAGGCUGCCGUGGCGGGUCUGCGGGAGCCGACAGUGGCGGGCGGGCUGCCGGAGGGGUGCAAUGCCGACCUGCAGGACUGCUUCCGCGGCGAUUACGGUGGGCUGAAUGAUUCGCGUGGGUCGCCAUCCGACACGCGGCUGCUGCUGGGAAGGGAGUCGAUCACUCGGCAAGAGACGGAGGAGACACCGCUGCUGGGAUGGGGAGUCGUGUGAGUGAUCGGCUGGUGAACUGGGUGGGUGGGGGGGGGUGGCCUUUAUGGGUGUGUGUCUGCGGACAGCCAGCCGGCUUGUCAGCAGGCCAGCCAGCCACCCAGCCAGUCAGUCAGUAGGGCAUUCAUUCAUUUAAGUCAGUGCGGUGGGUGUGAGAUAAACAGACAGACAUCGCUGGCGCGAGCAGUAGAGACAUACACACAUGACCGUGGGCCGUGCCAUGUGUCGAAUAUUCGACUUAUGUGCGUACAUUCUUUGGCACGUCACCCGCUCUCAUCGGUCAUCA